AUGGCUGGGCAAGUGUGUCGUCGAUCCGGCUUGCAGGUUCUUUGGGCUUGGGCCUGGGCCAUUGUAUGGGUGUGCCGGCCGCUCUCAUUCGAAAGGCAGCUUCCACUGGCUUCGGUAAACGCAGGAUUCGAAGAGCGAUUCCUGAUGUGGCGCGAGGCUGCGAAACAGCGUCCUGUUCCGAACCGCCCACCCUACAUUGCCUGCACGGAGGCAGCCUCAGUGCGUGCAGCAACCUGUCGCCGGCUACUGCGGAUAUGGCCAGGAGGCCCUGUGGAGGACUUUCGCUGCGUCGUGGGAGGCCUCAGUGGCUUCGACAGCCUCGAAGCCCUUGCCAGGGCCCAGGUUGGGGUUCGAAGAGUCACGCUUUUCGACAUCAACGAGACACAGCUGCUCUACGGCGAGCUGAUCCUGGAGCUCCUGUGCCUAGCAAGUUCUCGUGAUGCCUUUCUGGCGUCCCUCUUCGGGCGCUCCGAGAGGAAGUUCAGCAGAGUGCUUGGAGCUUCAAACAUGAUGGACUUUCUCGAUUUGCCAGUGGAUAGAGACAUCGAGUCCUCGAUCGUAUGCCAGCUGCCGGCCAAGUUGCAAGGACUGUAUCGGACGGUGUUUACUUGCAUCUCCACACCAUGCGGUUGGCCAGUGGCCUGGCCAUCGUUCGGGCAACACGAGCUGCUUCUCAAGAGAAGGAAUUGCGUUGCUUCCCUGACAAAGUCGCAGAGGCGCCUGGGUGGCCAGAAGAAUGAGGCCUUCCACAUAAACGAGUGCGGUUGGCUGAGGGAGGAAAUGAGCUACUGUCGACUUCGUGCAUUGUUGAUGGAUCUUCGCGCAUCUGGCUCGCUGUCUUUUCAGCGGAUGAACCUCAAAGACAUGCAUCCCACUGAUGGACCGACAGUGCUCUUCAUCUCCAACAUCGACGGUUCACCGCAAUUCCUGGAUGAGUUGGCGCUGGCAGACCUGCGCCAGGGCCUUUCCAGAGGGCAUGGUGGGACGCUGCUUCUGUCAACUCGCCGGGCCGAGUGGCUGGCUGAGGACUUGACCCCACUCCGGGCAAACUCGGGCAUGCAUAGGCCCACAUCUCCUGUCACGGCUCGCCUUUGGAAGCAUGUCGUCCCGCAUUUUUCGGAGAAGCAGGGAGACAAUGAUGCUGAUGAUGCUGUGUUCGAUUGUCGCAACAGGAGGGUUUGA